ACGUUACAGCAAUGGUUGCCCCUUUUGUUCAGCCGAGUUUCUGAGUUAUUCCCAACACAAUGAAAUGAUCGGGAUGUUAUGUUGUUUCAUAAAAUCAUUUCACUGCACCUAUGCUUCCUGUGAUCUCGUCUGGGAUUAUCUAAUUAAUUAAAAUCGAUCUACAAGCCUUCCGAUCUGGUGUGAGGUUUCCGAAGCACGCAGUCUUGAGGAACGUGGAGUAAUGUAAUCUUGAACAGCAUCUGUCCCAGCAGUGGCUGUUGGCACAAUGGGGCUGGACUUUGAUGUAAAGACAUUCUGUCACAAUCUGCGGGCCACCAAGCCCCCUUAUGAAUGCCCAGUGGAGACUUGCCGUAAGGUUUACAAGAGCUACAGCGGCAUUGAGUAUCACCUUUACCACUAUGACCAUGACAAUCCAACUCCUGCACAGACUGUACCCCAAAAGAAGAGAAAAGGACGACCUCCUCGUGCAUCGCUGGCAGGGUCAGGAGAUACAGAUGACGGUGGAGGCAACGGAGGUGGAGGACCAGGGCACGGGGGGAACACCCCUGGUAGCCCCAACCGAUCAGAGCGCUCUCACUCCCCAGGCCGAGAGACAAUGACCUAUGCCCAGGCACAGCGUAUGGUGGAGUUGGAGAUUCAAGGACGCAUUCACCGCAUUAGCAUCUUUGAGAACAUUGAUGUGGUGUCAGAGGAAGACAGUGAUGCAGACGAUGCUCCCCCAUCUGGUACAGGUGGGAGUGGUGGAGGGGUGUGUAACGGUAGUGAUGGUGGAGCUGGAGGUAGUGAGGUAGGAGGGAGUGGCAAGGACCGGCCAGAUAUCCCAUCUUCUAAUGGGGGCAAAGCCACCCCAAAGUCUGGGAAGCAUAAGAGUAAAGAAAAGAAGAAGGAUGGCUCAUCCCAUCAUCACAGCGCUCAGUCUGGGCCUGCAGUAAAGCUUCCCGAAGCGGUGUUCAGAGAGCUGGACCAAGAGAGACCUGAUGCCCCUCCCCGGCCGUCAUCUUACUACAGGUACAUUGAUAAGUCUGUGGAGGAGCUGGAUGAGGAGGUGGAGUAUGACAUUGAUGAGGAGGACUACAUCUGGCUUGACAUCAUGAACGACAAGCGGCGGCGUGACGGUGUGACACCCAUCCCUCAGGAGGUCUUUGAGUACCUCAUGGACCGCUUAGAGAAGGAGUCCUACUUUGAGAGCCACAACAAGGCAGACCCCAGUACCCUAAUCGAUGAGGAUGCUGUCUGCUGCAUCUGUAAUGAUGGAGAGUGUCAGAACAGCAAUGUGAUCCUGUUCUGCGACAUGUGUAACCUGGCAGUGCACCAAGAGUGCUAUGGCGUGCCCUACAUCCCGGAGGGCCAGUGGUUGUGUCGUCGCUGCCUGCAGUCACCAAGUCGAGCUGUGGACUGUGCUCUCUGUCCCAACAAGGGAGGAGCUUUCAAACAGACGGACGAUGCACGGUGGGCACAUGUCGUGUGUGCCCUCUGGAUCCCUGAGGUCUGCUUUGCUAACACAGUCUUUCUGGAGCCGAUUGAUAGUAUUGAACACAUCCCUCCUGCACGUUGGAAACUUACCUGCUACAUCUGCAAGCAGCGGGGUUCAGGCGCCUGCAUCCAGUGUCACAAAGCCAACUGUUACACAGCCUUCCACGUCACAUGUGCCCAGCAGGCGGGCCUCUAUAUGAAAAUGGAGCCUGUCAGAGAGACUGGGGCCAAUGGCACCUCUUUCAGUGUCCGCAAGACAGCUUACUGUGACAUCCACACACCGCCAGGAUCAGCCCGACCUUUGGGAGGAGUCGGCGGGGCCAGCAUGGGUUCGUCUCACAGUGAAGGAGAGCUGGAGGAGGAUGACGAGCCCAGUAUUGGCCACGAUGAUGACUCCAAGGGCUGGAGCUCUGAGCGUGCCAAGAGGGCGAAGGCAAAAUCCAGGCUGAAGAUGAAGAGAGCAAGGAAGAUCUUAGCUGAGAGGAGAGCUGCUGCGCCAGUGGUGUCUGUACCCUGUAUACCUCCCCACAGGCUCAGCAAAAUCACCAGUAAUUUGACGGUACCCAGGAAGAGCCAGUUCAUGCAACGACUUCACAGCUACUGGACAUUGAAGAGGCAAAGUCGCAAUGGUGUACCUCUGCUGCGCCGGCUCCAAACCCACCUGCAGUCACAACGACAUAUUGACCCACUCCCCCCACAACCUUCAUCACAGCUUCCUUCAGUGUUGCAGAGGGACAGCGAGGAGAAACAGACUGCUUUAAAGGAGCAGCUGAAGGCAUGGCAGAGACUGAGACACGACCUAGAGAGAGCCAGGCUACUGGUGGAGCUCAUCCGCAAGAGAGAAAAGCUCAAGAGGGAGACGAUUAAAGUGCAGCAGAUGGCGCUGGAGAUGCAGCUGACUCCUUUUCUGGUGCUGUUGAGGAGUACGUUGGAACAGUUACAGGAAAGAGAUACUAACAACUUUUUCACUGAGCCUGUACCACUGGCAGAGGUGCCAGACUACCUGGACCAUAUUGACACUCCAAUGGACUUCCAGACCAUGUGGAACCUGCUGGAGUCCCAUCGCUACCUCACUUUCGAGGCCUUUGAGGCAGACUUUGGCCUCAUUGUCAACAACUGCCUCAAGUACAACGCCAAGGAUACAGUGUUUUACCGUGCUGCCCUGCGGCUCAGAGAGAUGGGCGGGGCCGUGAUAAGAACAGCAAGGCGCCAAGCUGAACGGAUCGGUUUUGACUAUGAGACUGGCAUGCACCUCCACCGAGAGCCGAGUCCAGACAGUCAGCGUGACCAAGAGCGUGACAGAGAGAGGGAGAGGGAGCGGGAGAGGGAGCGAGAGAGAGACCGAGAGAGAGACCGGGAGAGAGACCGGGAACGAGACCGGGAGCGAGACCGGGAGCGAGACCGGGAGCGAGACCGAGACAGGGAUAGAGAAAGAGACCGACCAUUGUCUUCAAAUGAAGAUGACCUGCUCCUGCCAGAGAACAGGCGACGGCUGCCACUGGAAGAACAGCUGCAUUUCCUGCAAGUGCGUCUUGAUGGGGUCAGCUCUGGGAAGCACAGCAUUGGUCAGUCCCGUAGGGCAAAAGCUCUGAGAAAAGAGAUCAGUGUCAUCAAGAGGAAGCUUGCACACCAGCGGGAGGGAGGCUCCGGCAUGGGGGGGCGGGAGUCAGUGGGAGGAGGAGACCGGGGUUCUUCUCUUCCCCAUCACCCAUCCUCUUCAGGACACCAUGAUGAGGGAGGAGAAAGCAGUAGCCAGGAGAUUGGUGGAAAAGAUCUGAGUGUCUCCUCGUCUGCCCUGGCUCCAGAGGUGGGCCGUCGGACAUCUGUCCUCUUCUCCAAGAAGAACCAAAAAAUGACUGGGCCCCCCAAAAGGCCAGGACGCCCUCCCAAGAACCGGGACGCUGGCUACGCUGGGGCAGGAGUGAGCCAAAGCCCUAUUGGUCCCCCACAGCUGCCCCUGCUGUCCCCAGCCAGGCAGAGAAAGAGGCCUCGCAGCCCCCACAGCAGCUCCAGCUCUGACAGUGACAGUGACAAUGACGACCUUCUGCCAGGUUUGCCGAGUAAUGGUUUUGAUGGAGGAAACCAGCCAGUAACAGAGAGCUUCCGCGUAUACAGAAAUGAGCCUCGUCUCCCUCGUUCCAGUUCAGACUCCGAGUCCACGACCAGCAGCAGCAGCAGUGCAGCGUCUGACAGGACCAGUACGACCCCGUCUAAACAGGGCAGAGGAAAGGCAUCGUUCUCUCGCUCUGCUUUCCAGGAAGACAGCAGUGAGGAAACAUCAGGCACCGAAAAUGAUUCCUACUCAGUUGGAGGAUCACGGGGCGUUUCACAUUUGGUGCGUGGCCGGGCCAGGUCAGGAUGCUGGAUGACUUCUGAUGACUAUUCCUCUCUGGAAGCUCUGGACCUGGUGUGGGCCAAGUGCAGAGGCUAUCCUUCAUAUCCUGCCCUGAUAAUUGACCCGAAGAUGCCCAGGGAGGGGGUGUUCCACCGGGGUGUCCCAAUCCCAGUCCCCCCUUUGGAUGUGCUGAAACUUGGGGAACAAAUGACCCAGGAAGCCAGGGAACACCUCUUCCUGGUUCUCUUCUUUGACAACAAGAGAACCUGGCAGUGGCUGCCUCGCUCUAAACUGGUGCCACUCGGAGUGGACCAGGAGCUGGACAAGGAGAAGAUGCUGGAGGGUAGGAAAUCCAACAUCCGCAAAUCAGUGCAGGUGGCCUAUCACCGUGCUAUGCAGCACCGCAGCAAGGUGCAGGGGGACCCCAGCAGUGAAACCAGUGACAGUGACUGAACACACACACAAACCUUAUGUGUUGGUCCCUGCAGGUGUUGUGGAGUGUACGUUUCUCUAUAGAGAUCCCAGACCUACAUCACAGAACACAAGAAAUAGUGCCAGUAGCACCAAGUGGAAAAAGACAUCCACUACGUUAGCCCCAAGACACGCACACUCAUGCACACUAAGCCGUAUUUAAUCUGACAUGUAAAAUAUUGUAUUUAAGAGAAUUGAAAAAAAAUGGUAUUAAUGAUAAUGGAAAAAUAUGCUAUGUUCAGAAUCAUGAAUCAGAAUAUUCCUUGUAUGUGGUCGGUAUAUAUGUUAAAUAACGAAUGAGGUGAUGGUUUACAAACUCAAAAAAUGAACAUAGUAUUACAGUAUGAUCUAUACACAACCCUGCCUCUCCCUGUCAUUCUUACACAUACAUCAUUCACACGUGUAAUCUUACACGUGUGAACAGGGAAAUGCAUGUAGUGUACAUUAAAUGCACACACUGUGGGUAUGGCUACGAAUGCCAUCGCUCAAGCACGUUUUCACAUUCAUCACCCAGCUCUCCAAAAAACAAAAAUAACAACAAAAAAACAGGCCUGGUGCUAGUGUCAUUUGUCAGUGGAGCACAAAGAGAGACUGUUGCAGCCUGAACCGAGGGCAAACCAACGUUAAUGUUAUUUAUUCUGCUUACUCCUUCCUAAUAAGGUCCACAAUCUUGUUUCAUCAUGGACUACUUCUAAUCACUCCGACUACACAAGACGUCAUUGUGUGGUCCUCUUUGUCUGUCACUCUGUGUACAUCAUGUCUCCUGUUUUUACAGUUUUGUUAACGUGCGUCUGUGUCACACAGGCCGCUGGUCAAUGAAUAAUGAGGACUAAACUGAAUCACAUGAUCGCCUCACUGUCUGUCUUAGUCUCAGGCUGAUGGCUUUAGAACUUUUAUAUACAGAUUACAUAAAGAUAGAAGUUUAAUAAAAAGAAUUGAGUUUUUUAAACUUG